AAGGUUAUCGUUGUUGAUACUCCAGCAAACCUGGAAGGCUAUAUGAUGAUAACCUGAAGGGAUUGUUCUCUAAAGGUUACUGUUUGUUGGGUAUCCUCUUAAAAUAUGAAAUGUUAAGCAUCAUAAUAACAGAACUCCGAAAAGUUAAUGCUAAUAAGAUCUGCUGGAGUAGGGUUAUAUAAUAUAUGCUAUUUUUCUCUAUAAACAUGAACAUAUUGUCAAACAUUAACAAACCGUUCGACAUCCGGUAUUUCAGUGAAAAUUAUGGGUAGCUUGACAUUUAUUAAGGUAGCAAAACCAUCAAAAUAAUGGCUCAAACAUGUUCACUUUGAAUUUCGGAAGGGUGGCAGAGAGAAUCACUGGGUUACAAACAUGUUGCAUUUAUUGUAGAUUAUCUCGUAUAGUUGAUGCAUAAUUUAAACAACUUAAGGGUGUGGUCUUAUUACAUGCUAAAAUACUAAAAACAUAAUGCGUUUAAUUUGUAAUGCCAUUCUUAACCGGAAGUCCAACCUCUUGUUGCAGCUACCUGGUGCCUUCCUCCAACUUGACGUGCAGGUACACGGAUUUGGUAGAAAACUUUACUGAAACUGUCACUUUGGAGCCGAGCUCUCCCAGAAAACCUUUCAAAAUGGAUUAAAAACAUUAAUGUUUAGCUUUGGGUAGAGGAGCCGACAGUAAUCGGGGAGUCAGCUGGUGGACGCGCCGUCAACACUUGAGCCAUGUCUGCCGGCAGCACCGGCAGUCAAAGACGCAGCCACAGGCCUGGACCCAGCCGGACCAGCAGCCAAAGGUCGUCAUAUGAGGAGCGCUGUGUGGACCCAGUGGAAGACAGAAUACCAAUCUCAGAGGGAAAGGCAGUCCACAAAGCUCACCUGAAAGAUGCUAACGGAAAGGAGUCUGAGACCAUCGGCUUCAUUCCUGGCUCAGCUGAGCCUUCCUCUGCAACCCAAACCUGCAACCCCUGCGCUUCUCCAAGGAGCUGUAGGACUUUUAUAUGCAAUGUGCUCACCUGCGGCCUGUACAGCAUUUGCCAGUCCACUAUCCUUGCUCCGUGCUUGGCACCAAAGGAGAGUUCCACAGAUGAGCCAGAGAAGGUGAGCCUCCAAGCCAUGAACACAGAAGAAGACUGGCUGGGGGAUGUCCACAUCGGUGGAGUAAAAGUGGACCCUCCAAGAGAAUAUUUAGAGGCUGAAACUGAAACAUACACGCUUUUGUCUGCUGGUCAAACAUCAGUCCAUCCGUCCCUGCACGAGUCUAUGAGGUUUGAUGACUGGGAGGACGGUGAGGAGAACGUAGACUCCCUCAUUACGAAGAAGCUGCUGGAGCUCUACUCCGAAUAUCAAAUCGAAGAGUUGGCCAGGUGCACUUCAGACUCUGUGUUUCUGAGGAAGAGCAAGGACAUCAAUCACCUCAUCAACUCGCUGGCGGAGGAGCACAAAAUGGAUGAGCAGGAAGCUGAGUGCAGGCUGGUGCGGGGCAUCAUACGCAUCAGCACGAGGAAGAGCACAAAGAGGAGGCCGCCCACCUCCAGGAGGGAGAGGACGCUGUCGGACAGUGGCAACGAGACAAUGAGGGAGAGUGACUCCUUCUCAUUCAGCAACAACAAUGACUACAAAUCACAUCCCAACAUCCAAAUAUCAGAGCUGACCUCCUCUGAUCAGUGUGCCAGGGAGAUGUGGAGGAACAAUGGAGGUCAUACUUCUAGUUCUCCAACAGCCUACUCACCCUCUCACACAGAGACUAACUCAUCAGGUGUCCCACUGAUUCGCACCUCUGUGAGAACAUGAUUCCUGCUCCAUGCUGGCAAUCUGCUCGUACCUGACAUGCUGUGUCCACAAGGUCACAAAUGGAGGUUGAAAGGAGACACUAUUUGCACACGAGCCUCUGGCUGAGCCAAGCUCUUUGUAAAGACCAUGGCUUUGCUGUGGAAUAGAAAAUGUAAAGUUCACAUUGUCUGAAGGACUUCAAUGUACUCAGGGCUCUGUGUGUAGAUAUUUAUGAUUAGUAAUAAUAUUUGUGUAUUUGAAGGAUUGAUUGGUUUUGAGUUUGCCCUGUAGACAGCCAUCACCAGCAGCUCCUGAGGCCAAUUCACAGGUUCUGCAUCCAGAUUUGUUGCCCAGUGCAGCUAUUAUUACUCUGCGAAGGCCAAGUCAUGUGAUGAUCAGCGUUGGUUUGUCUGUUUUUCUGUCUGUCAAUUAGCAACAUUACUCAAAAAUAGAUUCAUAGAUUUAGAUGAAAUCUUCACGGAAGGUCAGAAAUGGCACAAAGAUUAGAUUUUGGCAGUGAUGCGGCUCAUAAGCUGGAUCCAAAAAUUUCUUUUAAAGAUUUCAGCUGUCGGAAAUGAUCCAAGGAAUGAGCAGCCUUGGUGGAGUACUGCGCUCUCUGCGUGCUUUUCUAGUCUUUAACUGCUUUAUCCAUAGAGAGUCAUGGGGGCCUGGAGCACUCACAGAAGAGACAUGUAGACACAGGGAGAACAUAUAGACUCCACAAAGAAAGCCCCAACUGAUCAGUAAGUUCAAAUCAGAACCUUCUUGCUCCUACGCGACAGUGCUAACCACUCCUCCACCGUGCUGCCUCUUCAUACGUGACCUUUGCUGCAAAGAAAGCAGUUAGUUACAGAUUGGGCCAUAGCACUGUGUUUGAUUAUUCCUGAGGUGUGCCAAACACUCUGAAGUUUUUCAUCUGUGGCUGGAACUUCUUUCCUUACCACCUGAAGCAAAGUGGACAGACCAAGAACAGAACUUUUUUGCGAAUCAUCAGUAGAACGCCUCUACAAAAUCAGUGUUUCUCCAAAAUUUGGCUGUGGCUACUUCAAUUAAAGCUCUUAAAGAUGAAGUAUAAAGGUGUGAAAAAUGACUAAUCUCCUCACAGCAGUCCACUUUAUCACAAAUUUUGGGCGGCACAGAUUUUGGCAGAUGACAAAAUGUACAUCUUACAGAUCCUUGCAGACAUGUGGAUGCAGAAGCAUGAAUUGGCCUUUAAAUACUGUAUCACAAUUAACCGUCCCCUCGUCCUUGAAGGAUUUGUGGUAUGGAAACCUAUUUCUCAUUUGUGUUGGUUUGAUUACUGUGGUUUGAUUUUGUUGUUGUUGUUUUUUCAUAUCAUGUUUUCCCUCAUCAUCAUAGGUUUGAUUUUUUUUUUCUAUAAAUUUGUUAAUUUAAAUCUACACAUUGCUUCCAGCUCAGUUGUUGUGUAUCACAUUUUAACAGGUUUUGAUAGUUUUUAUAGUUUUGUUAAUUAUUUCAAAUUGAUGUCAGAGGCAUUGCACUAUUCAAAGUGGCAAUAGUGUAAAUGGAUGAAGAAAUAAUAUAGGGUAGCUUCAUUUAGUAGCUCAGAAGUUGUAUAAUUAAUGUACUUAUUGGUUGGAGUUUUGUUUUUGUGCUUGAUUGUAGACUAAAAAUCUGUUGAAGGAAUGGUUUGGUAUUGUAGGACAAAUGCUAACCUGAUUUCCUCUGGAGACUAAGACGAAAACAUUGAUACCACCCUCAUAGCUUAGCAUUAACGCUUGUCUUAAGGCAGUUUUAGCUUAGCAAAGCCUUUAAAGCUCACUAAUUGGUGCCUUGUGUCUCAGUUGUUUAUUUUGUGCUUAAAAACAGUUUCAUUUUUGUACUUAAUGAGAUACAUUAUGUUAUUUAGGGUAGUUGAAAGAUGCAUUUUGUUACCUCUAAGUCUUUUUCAAACAUGGGGUAUAACUGCUUCAAAGUGAUGGCCUUCUCAGACAGAGGGAUCUUUUACGUUAAUGUUCCUCACAGCUUCAUUCAGACAUACACAUCACAGUGACGUUGAGGUUCACAGUACACGUGAUUGUAAAGUACAUCAAUUGAUGCAUAUUAAUGUGUUAAUAAUCAAAAGACUAGAUCUAAACUAAUACAAGCUUAUUCAACUGUCAGGGGAGCUAAUAGUAAAGUUCAUUUGUGAUUUCCUAAACACUGAAAAUUCUCCAUGUGUGAUGAUAAUCUAAGUAAUACAUUUCCCACAGUGGAAUAAAAAUAUCCCGACAGGACUUAUCCUGCUGUGUAACAACUGGUUUUGCUGCAGCUGAUAAACUGUGACUGUGUGACAUGAAAAAAAGUACAAAGUGUAAUAUGCUGUUAGAUCCUGAUCAAUCAUGUGUCCAUGUCAGGAAUUAUUGAUAAUUAGAAGUAACUGGUGAAGUUACCGCUGUUGUUCCGUGUAAAUGUAUGCAACUCUCUUGCCUUGUAAACGUUCAAAUGGAUCCUGCUGUUUGAUGCUGCAGGUGUUUAAUAAACCCAAAGGAAAGACUCCUGCACACAG